AAUUGUAGAAAAUGGUACGAGGUUACAAUAGAGGUUAUAAUAACCGCGGUGGUGGCAGCUCUUCCCAUCGUGGAUCAUCUUAUCGUUCUUCAAACUACAAUAGCGGAGGACGCAUGCAUAAUAACGGACGUUCAUCAGAUCGUUAUGGAGGCAGUAGUGGUGGAGGACGUUAUAAUUCUGGAGGUCACGGUGGCAGCAGCAGUAGUCACUAUGAUUCACGUAAUCGUGAUCGUUUUAAUAGCUCUAGCAGCAGUCGGCAUGAUUCAAGUCAUAAACGCAGUUACAAUAGGGACUCCUCUCGUGAUCGUUCCACCGAUAUGAAAAGAUCUCGUCAAGACGAUUAUAGACGUACAUCAUCAACGGGUAGAGGUAAUCGUACCCCACCACCACCUCCACCACCAACGGUAUCAUCCACAUCACGUGGUGGCAACUCAUCGAGACAUAGUGAUCGUGAUAACUCCAAGCCCAGACAUCGUUCUCCCAUGGGACCACCACCAUCGAAAAGAGCACCAGUACGCAGUGGUUUUGUCUCACGCAUACGUGGUUCCAGCACCAGAGGUGGUGCUCGUACAGGACGUGGAGGUUCAGGUCGUAUUGUGCGCCGUGAAUCGAAUGAUUUGCGUAUAAUGAGACGUAAACUAAUGUAUGCCCAACAGAAAGAUCGUGCACGUGUCUUGAAAAUUGCACGUUUAACGAGCUCUCUUAGACGACGUCGUCUUGAUAGAAAUUCCUCCAAGAGUCCACGUAGAUCUUCAAGGAGUAAUAAGAGGAAUGCCUCAUCCAGCGAGGAUGAGGAUGAUGAAGGUGAGAAGAAGAAAUCGAAACGCAAGCAUAGCGACAAUGAAGAUGACGAUGAGGACGAGGCGGAGAAUGAGGACAAAGAUGAGAAUGAGGAAGGUGGGAAACGAAAAAAACGCAGUAAAUCCAAACGUGCAAAAUCUUCGGAAAAAUCCAAUGCAGAAGAUGAGGAAGAGGACGAGACUUCGGCCGCCCGAGAAGGCGGUGACAACGACGAACAUGAAGAAGAGGGUGGUGACGACGAAGAAAUUGAUGACAGCAAGUCACAAGCCGAUAAGGAUAAAGAACAUACAGAGGGUGAAGAGGGAGCCGAUAAAGCCGACGAUGCCGAUGAUAAUGAUGUAGACGCAGAUAAGACAACCACCGAAGCGGAUGGUGAAAAGACUGAAAAGAAAGAAGGUAAGAAAAAGGAAUCAGGAGAUAGCAGCUCAACGAAAAAGGAUAAAUCAUCAACGAGUGCCAAGAAAUCCUCAUCUAGCUCGGCGUCAAAGAAAAAGGAUGAUAAGGAUAAAGAGGACAAAGAGAGAAAGAGUAAGAAAUCAUCACGUAGCGAUGAUGAAGAUGACGCUAAGGAUCGCAAAUCCCGUAAUUCCAGACGUGAUGAACGCAGCAGUCCCUCAAGACGUGGCGGUAAUUCACGUUUCAUUAAAUUAACCUGUAUACACUGUCACAUGAAGUGUGUUACAUUUAAGGAAUAUUCUUAUCACUUGAAUUCUCGUACACACAAAAUGGCCUUAAGACAAAUUGCUAUGCGCCAAAGAGCCCACCUUUUAAGAUUACGUGCUCGCCAACGGGCCGCUCAAAAAGAACUCGAAGAGAAAUCUAAGGAAAGCUAUGAAUCGAAAUUCUGUCAUCUUUGUCGUUUACACUAUAGGCAACCGAAAGCUAAGCAUCAACUGUCGGAACAUCAUAAAAUUAUGAAAAAAUUCCUUAUGCCAUAUUGCUCCACUUGUCAUUUGGCUUUCAAGAGUCCUAUAUUGUAUGAGACUCAUCGUUGUUCUUUGGAACAUAUAAGGAACAAGGCCCGCAAACAAGACUCGGAUACGGAAAAUAGCGGCGACGAAGAAAUGCGUGAAAUUGAUUUGAAUAAAUUCAUGACUGUCGACUCAGUGGGAGAAAUUGAUGAAGAAAUGGAUGCUGACAUGGAAGCUUUACUCAAUGAAACCCAAACAAAUGAGGAGAACAGUGAAGAGAGCGAAGAAAAAGAGAGAACACCAGUGGGAGCUGAAUUUGUUAAGGAAAUCACUGCUUUCUAUUGUGAAAUCUGUGAACAUUAUUCUGCUGACAAGGGUACAUUGGAAGCUUAUACUAAGAAACAUUGUCUACAACGAUCCCACUUGAAGGCCUACUUGCGUCACAAGGAAGAAGAGAAACAAGCUAAAAAACGCAAGGAGGCUCGGGAACGCAAGAAGUCAGAAUCAGAUAAAAAAGAUGAAGGUGAUAAAAAGGAAAAGAGUGAAAAAGACAAUGAAGAUGAGGAAGAGGUAGAGGCACAUGAACAACAAGAGGAAGAAGAACAUGAGGAAACUAAAGCCAAUGGCGCAGAGGUAGAGGAAGAAGAACAGGAUCAUGAUGAACAUGAUAAUGACGAAAAGGAAGGUCAAGAAGAUAAAUUAUGGGAGGAUGUUGACAAGGAUUUGGGAGAUUUACUCAGAGAAGUAGAACCGCAUGAACGUGAUGAGGAUGAAGAAGAAAAUGAUUCUGUAUUAAAUAUAGACAUUGAAAGUGAAAAACAUAAAACUAAAGAAGUGAAUGGCAAAAAAGAUGAAGUUAAAGAGGAAAAACCAGAAGAAGUAGAAACUGAAGAGGACAAGAACAAAGACGAAGUAGAAGUUAAAAAAGAUAAGCCUGUUGCUCCUGCCGCAGCCACACCCUCGAAACCCAAACCAAAACGUACCACAAAGGCAGCCACAUCAACGCCAGCAGCUAAAGAAGCUGAAGUUAAAGAAUAAAUUACUAAAAUUAAGACAUUAACUGGUUUGCAACUAAUUUGUUAUAUAUUCUUUUAAAACGUUUUCCUUAAUAUUUCGCCAACAUUAUAGGGCCAGUAAUUUUUUAUUCCAAACUCUGAAAGAAAAGCAAUUGAGUUAAAUAUUUUUUCUAACACGUAUAAAAAAAAAUUUCUGUCUCAACUUGUAUUUACUUCACCUCAUUUCUUUAAUUUUUCAUAGGUAUUUGAAAAUUACCUAACAUCUUUUUUUAUUUGUAUUUUUAUUAUAAUUUUCUCACUUUUUUUUAAAGAUAUAAGCAACAAGCAAACAAAUAGACCUAACAACUUGUGAAUGAAUGAUAAAAAUUCAGUUUUUUUAAAACAUAAUAAAUAAUAAACUAUAAACUAAAUUAUUUA